AUGCCCUCGUCGUUGUCAUUUCCCGAGUGCACGGUGCCUGUCCCACCGAGCGAUCCCGUAUCGUCUCUGGAGUUCUAUCCCAAGGCGGAGGGACGCCGUGCGUACCAUCUCCUAGCUGCCAGCUGGGAUAAGAUGGUGCGUUUGUACGACCUCACACACUGUGAUCAAGGCACUGAUGCCAUCACCCUUGUCCAGUCGUUCGAGCAUCCUGCCGCUGUACUGGACGUAGCAUGGAUCAAUGAGUCGUUGGCCGCGAGUGCAUGCCUGGAUCGGCGUGUGCGGUUACUCAAUCUCGAGAAUGGCCAGUCGGUGAUCCUGGGCAAACAUGGCCAAGGUGUGAGUCGCAUUCGGUACGAUGCCCACACAGGUCUGCUCUUUUCCGGUGGAUGGGAUGCUACCUUGCAGGUAUGGGACCCCUACGCCACGCCGGCCGAGGCGUACCGCCAUACCAUUUCACUGCCUGGCAAGGUGUUUGCGAUGGAUCUCGCACCACCGACGCCACACUCCUCGCCACGUCUGGUUAUCGCGAUGCCGGAUCGCGCUGUAUACCUUUUCGACACACAGCAACUUCGCGCUGCUGUGGAUGGGCAUGGAUCGUGGGAGCCGGAACAGAAACGCGAAAGCAGUUUGAAGUUCAUGUUGCGGGACGUACGAUGCAUGCCGAAUGGCGUGGGCUACGUCACAUCAUCGGUCGAAGGACGUGUGGCUGUGGAGUUUAUGGAUCCCAGUCAGGAAACGCAGGCAAAGAAGUAUGCGUUCAAAUGCCACCGUAAAGAAGUCGAUGGCAUCGAUGUUGUAUACCCUAUUCACGCGGUGGCUUUCCACCCGAUCUACGGCACAUUCGCGACGUGUGGUGGCGAUGCGCACUGUGCCCUGUGGGAUCCCAUUGCAAAGAAGCGCAUCCGCCAGUACUCGCUGCCGUCGCCUGUGAGCACGGCCGCCUUCAGUGCGGAUGGCGCCGUCAUGGUCAUUGCGAGCGGUGCCGAAAACUUGGAAGACGUCGAUGGUCCGCAUGGUGGUGAAGUCGGUGGCAUUGGCCCUGGUGGCCCUGGUCAUGUCCAACUGCAUGUCAAGCCAGCGACAGACGAUGCAAAGCCCAAGGUCAAACCUACAUAG